GCGGGCUUUUCUUCCUUACUUAUUGGGCUACUCCUUCUCAGGGUCGGGUUCUCUGCUCCAGAGACCCAAGUCUGUGUGCAGCCUGUGUUCCCCGCCCCCCCAUCUCGGGUACCCGGAGGUUCCUCGAGAGGACGCCGGGUCACCACGGAAGCCAAAAAUGAUCUCAGUGACCUUUGAGGAUGUGGCUGUGAACUUCACCCAGGAGGAGUGGGCUUUGCUGGAUCCUUCCCAGAAGAAUAUUUACAGAGAUGUGAUGCUGGAAGUCCUCAGAAACCUGGCUUCUAUAGGAAACAAAUGGGAAGACAAGAUCACUGAAGUUCAGAUUGAAAACUCUGGGAGCAAUGUAAGGCAGAUCACAUCUCACUCUGGACACAGAUACUACAAGCAUGAGAAAUAUGAUGAGAAGCCAUUUGAAUUGAAACAAUAUAGGAAAUCUCUGGUUUCUCUCAAAAGUGUUCACACACAAAUGUUAAUACAAACUGGAGAUGGACCUUAUGAAAGUACAGUAUGUGGGAAAGUCAUCAGUUGUUCCAAUGACAUUGAAAGACAUGAAGAAACUCAUACUGGGGGGCGACCCGGUGAAUGUCAACAAUGUGGUGAAGCCUCUUCUUAUCCCUCCAGUGUUCAAACACACAUGAUAACACACAGUGGAGAUAAACAUUUUCAAUGGGACAUAUGUGGGAAAGCCAUUCAUUUCUCCUCUUUAUUUAGAAGACAUGAAGGAACUCAUUCUGGAGAGAAACUCCAUGAAUGUAAACAAGGUGAUCAGACCUGUAUUUCACACACAAGUCUUCAAAGGCACAGGAUCACACACACAGGGAAUGCACAUUUCAAAUGUAAGAUAUGUGGAAAAGACUUUGAUUAUUCCAGUUUACUUAGAAUACAUCAGAGAAUGCAUACUGGGGAGAAGCCCUAUGUAUGUAAACAGUGUGGCAAAGCCUUUUCUAGAUCCAGUUACCUUCACUCACGUGAAAAAACUCAUACUGGAGUGAAGUCCUAUGAAUGUAAGCAGUGUGGGAAAGCCUUUUCUAGAUGCAGUUACCUUCAGAUUCAUGGAAGAAUGCAUACUGGUGAGAAGCCCUAUGAAUGUAAGCAGUGUGGGAAAGCCUUCACUCAGUCCUCUAACCUUUACUCACAUGAAAAAACUCAUACGGGUGAGAAGCCCUAUGAUUGUAAGCAGUGUGGCAAAGCCUUUGCUACAUUCCAUUACCUUCGCAGACAUGGAAGAACACAUACUGGAGAGAAGCCGUAUGAAUGUAAGCAGUGUGGCAAAGCCUUUGCUAGAUCCAGUUCCCUUCAGUCACAUAAAAAAACUCAUACUGAGGAGAAGCCCUAUAAAUGUAAGCACUGUGGCAAAGCCUUUGCUAGGUCUGGUGACCUUUACAAACAUGGAAUAAUACAUACUGGAGAGAAGCCCUAUGCAUGUAAGCAGUGUGGCAAAGCCUUUUCUAGAUCCAGUUACCUUCACUCACAUGAAAAAACUCAUACUGGAGAGAAGUCUUAUGAAUGGAAGCAGUGUGGCAAAGCCUUUGCUACAUCCCAUCAGCUUCAUAAACAUGAAAUAAUACAUACCAGAGAAAAGCCCUAUGAAUGUCAACAAUGUGGAAAAGCCUUUGCUACUGCCUCCUACCUUCAGAUACAUGAACGAACUCAUACUGGAGAGAAGCCAUAUGAAUGUCAGCAGUGUGGGAAAGCCUUCACUCAGUCCUCUCACCUUCACUCACAUGAAAAAACUCAUACUGGGGAGAAGCCCUAUGAAUGUAAGCAGUGUGGCAAAGCCUUUCCUAGGUCCAAUAGCCUUCACAGGCAUGAAAGAACACAUACUGGGGAGAAGACCUAUGAAUGUAAGCAGUGUGGCAAAGCCUUUACUAGAUCCAGUGAGCUUCACUCACAUGAAAAAACUCAUGCUGGAGAAAAGCCCUAUGAAUGUAAGCAGUGUGGCAAAGCCUUUGCUACAUCCCAUUACCUUCGCAGACAUGGAAGAACACAUACUGGAGAGAAGCCCUAUGAGUGUAAGCAGUGUGGAAAAGCCUUCACUCAUUUCUCUGGCCUUCACUCACAUAAAAGAAUUCAUACUGGGGUGAAGCCUUAUGCAUGUAAGCAGUGUGGCAAAGCCUUCACUCGUUCCUUUGACCUUCACUUACAUAAAAGAAUUCAUACUGGAGAGAGGCCUUAUGCAUGUAAGCAGUGUGGCAAAGCCUUUGCUACAUCCAGUAACCUUCACAAACAUAAAAGAACACAUACGUGGGGAGAAGCCCUGUGAAUGUAAGCAGUGUGGCAAUUUCUUUGCUAGUUCCAGUUACCUUCCCAAACUUGAAAAAACUCAUACUGAAGGAAAGCCCAAUGAGUGUGAGCAAUGUGGCAAAGCCUUUGCUAGUUCCAGUGUCCUUCAAA